UCACCUCUUCCACUCUCAGAUCCCAACCUCUCUCUACUCCUAAACCCCCUUCCUCCGAUGCACGGCUACAGCCGCCUCGGCCUGCCCCGCGGCUCGCCGCCGUCCUCGCCGCGGUGCCGCCACGGCCGGAGCAAGACCUCCGGCCGCGGCGCGGGGACGAAGCAGCAGCAGAGCAUUGUGGAGAGGGCGGUGUUCUUCAUCAUAUCGGUGGUGUUCAGAAGACGAGGCAUGCUUUUAUUCGCGCCUCUGUUGUAUAUUUCGGGAAUGCUGUUGUAUAUGGGCUCCGUCAGCUUCGAUGUAGUUAGCUUGAAGAACGUUGUGAUUAUCGGAAAGCCGUCGCCGCCGGGAUCAGUGUACAGGAGUCCUCAGGUUUUCCAGAAGCUCUGGCCUUUUAUGCAGGCCGAGAGUAAUCACACUCCAAAUUUGUUGUCGACUGUGUGGAACUCAAAGGUGCAUAAAGUAUGGAAGCCUUGUAUUCCCAUAGAUUCUCUGAAAGCAGAAUUACCAAAGUCAAAUGGUUUAUUCAUAAUAGAAGCGAACGGUGGGUUGAACCAGCAACGAUUGUCGAUAUGUGACGCAGUUGCUGUGGCUGGACUUUUAAAUGCAACUCUUCUGAUUCCAAUCUUUCAUCUAAAUAGUGUUUGGAGAGACUCAAGUCACUUUGGGAACAUAUUUGAUGAAGAUUUCUUCAUCCAUGCUCUCAGAAAUCACGUUAAUGUGGUCAGGGAACUCCCAGAAGAUAUACUUCAGCGGUUCGACAAUAAUAUAAGCAACAUUGUGAAUUUGAGAGUGAAAGGUUGGUCAAGUUCAACUCACUAUCUCCGUAAGGUCCUCCCGAAGUUACAGGAGAUGGGGGCCGUGCGCAUUGCACCUUUUUCGAACAGAUUGGCUCAUGCAGUUCCUUCAGAUGUCCAGAGCCUUCGAUGCUUAGCCAAUUUUGAAGCACUGAGAUUCUCGAGUUCAAUAAGACUGCUUGCAGAGAAAAUGGUUGAUCGAAUGGUCAAAAGUAGUGCUGACAGUGGAGGCAAAUAUGUUUCAGUACAUCUACGGUUUGAAGAGGAUAUGGUUGCGUUUUCAUGCUGUGAAUAUGAUGGUGGGAAGGAAGAGAAACAUGAAAUGGAUAUUGCUCGAGAACGAAGCUGGAGAGGAAAAUUCAGGAGAAGGGGUAGAGUAAUAAGACCAGGUGCAAAUCGUGUUGAUGGGAAAUGCCCUUUAACGCCAUUAGAGGUAGGAAUGAUGCUCAUGGGAAUGGGAUUUGAUAAUACCACCUCAGUAUACAUUGCAGCAGGAAAAAUUUAUAAGGCAGAAAAGUACAUGGCUCCACUUAAACAGAUGUUUCCACGCUUGCAAAUGAAAGACACACUGGCUACUUCAGAAGAACUUGCUCCUUAUAAGGGCCAUUUAUCUAGGCUGGCUGCUCUUGAUUACACGGUUUGCCUCCAUAGUGAAGUGUUUGUCACCACUCAGGGGGGUAACUUUCCCCACUUCUUGAUAGGCCACAGGCGCUAUCUCUAUGGAGGACAUUCGAAGACAAUCAAGCCUGAUAAGCGUAAAUUGGCACUGUUGUUUGAUAAUCCCAGUAUCAGAUGGGAAGAUUUUAAGCGACAGAUGCAAGACAUGCUUAGACACAGUGACCAGAAGGGUGUUGAAGUGAGAAAACCCAGUGCGUCAUUAUAUACAUUUCCCAUGCCAGAUUGUAUGUGUAAGGAAGGAGAAGCUAUAGAUGAAAACAGUAACACAACACUGACUUGAAUACGUAAAAAUUGUCGGUACGUAGUUACUAUUCUUUGUUUACCUGUAAUUUAAUGUAUCAUUCAUUCAGUUAUCAAAGUUUUCUUUCAUUUGAGUAGAGAGGGUAGUGUAUACAAGGUACACAAUUGGUUUAGUAGCCAUAUGUUGGAUCAGUAGUCUGGUACUCAAAAUUCAUUGUAUAUGGACAGUAAGAUAUAAAAUUCUUUUGUAUUACAUCGAAUUUUCUACUUUGCUUUGGACCUUUGGUCCAUUCAUAUG